UUCUUGUUAAUCGCCUGGCCAUGCGGUGCCGUUUACGCAAACCGAACUCUCGGUUUGGAUGGUCGAGCAACAGCCUUUGCAGGGAUCGCCACGUUUUGUUGGGUGAUGGUGAUAAUCAUGCAGAUUGUGUUUUUAGUUGGCAUCAACAAAGACCAGCGAUAUUUCAGGACACCAUCAACUUCCACAUUGAUAGUUUUAACUGUUCAAGUCCUAAUGACGAUACUACUCUUUGCUUGUACUACAAGCCUGACAAUGCGCAGCGUCGACUUGUAUAAAGCAAACAUAGCUUACCGUGAUCAACACGGUGAAAGCUCACCUGUUGACAUAAACAAUUAUCUGCUUGCUGGCGCCUUGUUCUUUGGUGCGUUGGUAUGUUUCUGCUUCCUGGACGACAUUACACUACUGACAAAGAUGUACAGAUUGCAAAGAGCAAAGGAAAUUGCUGCGGCAGAUAAUACUCAGUAGCCUUUUAUUGACCUGUAGCUGCAGUUGUUUGGAUCAGCUACAGCGCAGCCAGUUCGCUAAAUUUCUAGAAAAUAGCUUUGUUUGCACGUGCGUCGAUCUUUAGCUUUGAUUAAUUUUUGGUAGUUAGCUGCAUAAAAAGCGUCAUGUUGAAACGACCCUGUAUCAACUUAGCUCGUUUUGACUUGUCCCUUAUUAAUAUUCGACAAUUAUCAUGAUUAUUCUUUUUCCCUUGAUUGCUCUACUUAAGUAUGACAAGCAUGUAUAACAGGCUUUAUCAGAGUAAAACUGUGGCACUAAUUAUCCUAAAAAAGUGAAGAUCGUGAAAGACAUUUAAUCGUAGUGAGUUUCACAUAGAGUACUAUGUUUAUACAUCGUUGGUUGACCCGGCCCCCCCAGGUUGAAAUAAAAAUUGUAGUAUUAACUAUGA